UUAGUAAAAACAGUGCACAGAGGAGCAAGAGGGCAAAGUAUCGUUUCAAAAGAAACACGAAACUCUCUUGCACCAAAGUAUAAGUAUACGUGCAAGUGCAAAGUUUAUGUCAGUGCAGUCAUAUAUAUACAGUUGUACGCGUCGUCUGCUGUAGCAGACGAGAAAGUGCGGUGCGUGAAUAGCAAUAUACCACAGUAUACGUAUAGUGUCGACAGCCCCAGGGGUAGGGGGUGGGAGCGAACGACCUUUCGCCCCGUCGGUUUUCGCGGUGGGGUGGUCGGGAAGAGAGAAGCGUCGGAGGAGGGAAAAGCUCCCCCGCGCUAUGAUAACAACAGCGCGCGUGUAUGCAUUUCGUUGCAGGUUGUACACGGACAUAUAUAUAUAUAUGUACAUAUACACAUAUAGGGGGGUUGGUUGAACCCACCGCGCCGUACGACCCGAAAUCACGCGUAUAUAUAUACAGAGCGACAUAGAACGCAUAGAGGAAAAACAAAUAACAACGACGGAAGGGUCGGCAAAUAUAGUCCAAGGUCGAUACGCGUGCUUGGGACAAAAGGGCCAUUAAUUACCAUCCGGCGAGAGAAAAAGAAGGAAGCAUCGCUAGGGCGCUUUUUGCAAAAGCUCCCAGCCACUGGUGUAAUAUACACAUACUUACGCUCUUGGCGAACUCGCUCGGACGGCCACAACACACCCAUAACGUGUACAGGUGUGCGUCCACCAUCCAUAUCUCGCGCUUAUACACGCACGUACGUGUGAAAAGGGUAGCGGGGGGGGGGUGAGGAGGGUUCAAGCGCAAGGGUCGCGCACGGAUACAGCAAGGACGCGCACUCGCGCGACCCCAUAUAAUAUAUAGAUAGACGAGAGGGGAUAUGAUAUAACGUUAUAUGUAUCCCUAUACGCACAUUUGUAUUUGUAUUGUAUAGGGGACAAGUGCGUGCGUGCGCGUCUCUCUUUCUCCCUCUCUGAUCGAUAAGCGGCAGAAAGUGGUUGCGAGGGGGCGAAGCAGCGCCGAGAGACAGACACACCGAUACAUACAUAAAUAACGACACGCGCGCACACUCCCUCGCGGGAGGAGAAGACGGAUCAACAGCCGAGUGGUGGUGGUGGUGGUGGGUGUAGCACACAGCACCCACUACAGGAACGAGGAUGAGAGACUUUGUACCAUCGAGAGGGUAGUAGUUGUAGUAGGAGAAUAAGAAGGACCAUUGGUGGUGGUUGCAGGGAGGCAGCGAUGAAAGCGAACGGGGAUCAGUAAAACCCGUAGCGGGCAUCCAGCCGGAGGAGAGAAUCGACUCGUCCUCCCUCCCCCGCCGCCCCGUUUUUUUUUUUUUUUUCCGAGGACCAUCAGUUGCCAUAUACCCACUACCACCCCCUUCUCCGUACGCAGCAUCCCUCCUCUCACCAGAAGAAGAAGAAGAGCCGUUGUCGUCUCAGUAACAGUGGAGCAGCGACGGGGGUAACGAUGCUUCCGUACGGCACCGUAACCUAGGCCCAGCAUCCCAUCCACCCCCAAACACACGCGCGGCUCGAUCGAGCUGUCAAAUCGCCCCCCUUUGUUGUAUACGGCCCGUACCCUCCGUGGUGAUGGUUCGCGCGGUUGGUACUCGUAAUCAUCGUUGACCAAAAGACAGUGCCGCUAGUGAUAUAUUUUUUUUUUUCCUCGCGACCGUGGCCGUACCAUUGAGCGGAAGCUGUCGCUCGCAGGGCGCGCGCGCAAAUGUAUCGUACGCAAGUUGCGCGUCGUACAAGCCACGUACGGCAUCGGUGCGGGCAAACGGAGACGAAGAUGCAGCACCGGCGUGACAAUUGACCGGACCAGGGUGAAACACUCGUAACCGCGAGCUCAGCGGCAAGGAGGAAGAAAACAGGGGAUAACGAGGGGAAAGACGAGAGACCGAGAUAAGAAGUGGAGGAUGAAGGAGCACAAGGAGACGAACAAGGGUGCGGAGCAGGGCCCGGAGAUGGUGGUGCCGGGUGGUGUCCGGGCGCUCAAAAGCUUGCUGAAAAAGCCCGGGCAGACGAGGGCGAAGGGCACCCCGAAGAACCGGGUCGUCAUUAACGAGAAGAUGAACGAGUUCUUCGCCGCCGACUACAUCAUCCUCAUAAAGGAGGAGUGCUGCCCGGAUUACGAGGAGGAGUGCGACUGCUGCUGCCAGGAGCACGAGAUGAUUAGGCUCGGGAAUUGCAAGGAGUGCCGGGCCGAGCUCAAUUUGCGCUUCGAGGACGGUGGUGGUGGUGGUGGUGGUGGUGGUGGUGACAAUAGCAGCGCGGGUGGUGGGGUCGUCAACCCUCGGGACGAGGAGGAGGAAGAGGACGAGGACGAGGACGAGGAGGAGGAAGAGGACGAGGAGGACGAGGAGGACGAGCUCGAGGAGGAGGAGUUGGAGGAGGAGGUGAUGGUCGACAGUAAGGUCGAGGAGAGGAGGCCGGUCACCCCGGCGAGGCGCCACCAGCAGCGCGAGACCCUAAGCCCGCCCGAGGGUUACAAGGACCUUUGCGUCGCGGCACAGGCGCAGCAGGAGCUAGAGGACGCCGCGGAGGACGGCGUGUGCGCCGAGUGCGACUAUUACCAGAGACAGGCGGCCGCGGCAGCAGAAGCCAACUGCGCGGAUGAUGCUAGUGGGCCGAGCAGCCGAGGAGGCGACGAGUCCAAGGCCGUACAUCAUCAACAGGACGGCUGGCGAAGCGCUUCCCAGGAGUCGCAGGAGGAUGGGAGUAGCAGCAGCGGCAGCGUCGCGGUGGCCCAGCCGACGAUCGAUCAGGCGCAGCAGACGACGCCAGACGUGCAGCAGCGCUACCUGGUGGAGACGAUAACAAUGACGACGGUGACGGAGCGCCGGAUAGUCCGAGAGAUCAGCGAGGAGGAGAGCCGGCCGGUGGGCGCCAAGGACGAGGCCGAUGGCUCCGCCGAGCAAAAGUCCAUCGAGCCCGCCGGCAAGGCCCCGCCCGAGGACGCGGCCGACGGCAAGCCCAACCAAGCGACGGCGGCCGAGUUGUCGCUGGCGUUCAAGCUGGGCAGCGUGUCGUCCAGUCUCGCGAGCAACAGUCUCAAGCCGAACUCGGCGGUGCGACAGCUCUUCCCCGACCCCCGGUUCAUCUCGCCCCCACCGGCUGUCGCCAAGAGCGUCUCCUCCUCGGACCUCGAGGACGCCGCCGGGCCGGACGACGCCGGCGACGGCACCAAGUUCCUCAUAACAGCCGACAACCUCCGGCUCUUCGACUCGUCCAAGCGGCCGGGCGCGGUCAGCCGGUCCGACUCCUCGGACAACAGCGACUCGUCCAUCAAGCGGACGAUCGAGCGCAACGCUCUGCGCCGCAGUCUACUCUCCAACUACACGGACACCCUCAGGAAGAAGAACACGCUGCGGGGCAAGGACCUCACCCUCGAGGAGCGCAUCAGACAGCUGACUUGCGUCGACGAGGACGACGGUGGCGCCGCGGACGACCGUCUCUUGUACCCCGACAACAACAACAUGCUGGGCAAGAUCGGCCGGCCCAACAACCACCGCAACGCCGUUGGCCACGCUCACCAGCAUCACCACCACCACCACCACAACCUCCACAACAACAACAACGGCAGCGUUGGGGCUGGUGGCAACGGUGUGAUCAGCAACAGCGUCAUCGUCAACAACAACAACAACAACAACAAUAACAACAACAAUGGGGUCCUGCCUCCGAGUGGCUGUAGGAUGAUGGGCGAGGGCAACUGCGCGACGGAUGAGAUGAUGCAGUCUCAGGCCGGUGGGGGUGGAUUGCUGAUGCUCCAGCACCCGCCUUUGCCGGCUAGGGUCUCACCGUCGGGUGAGGAGCGGCCCAAGGCCCACCAUCACCAUCACCACCACAACUCGGCUUAUCGAAAGAUCACCGACCUGUUCGGCUCGAAAAAGAGCGGCGGUAGCAACAGUAGCGGAAGCAACGGCGCGUCCGAGCAGCUGAACUUACCGGACAUCGGGCUGGGUGGCAAGCACAACCUCAGCGGGGGCAAGUCGGGCUCGAAGGCGAACAGUGAGGCGCGCAAGCAGUUCCUCGCGACGCUGUCCUGCGUCGCCUCGACUGGCGUCGACGAGCGCGACAAUUACUACCGGAUGCCCCCGAAGCCGAGCCUCGCCGCCGGGGCCUCCUCGGCCGGGGGCCCGGUGGGUGGCGCCGAGCGGAACUCGUAUUGCAACAAUUCCGACUCGUCGUACAGCCUCGAGGAUAUCGAGGAUGCGCUGAGCGAGGGCAUACCCGCCCCGCCCGAUGUCACGAGGGGCACGCCGACCUCUGCUGGACCGCCGAUAGAUGCGUUUGCCGGCCAACAGCAGCAAGACCCCACGGACGAGCUCCUGGCUUUCGUCGAGCAGGACAAGUCGCGGAUCGAGCGGAUCAAACGCCGCUACAACGACGCCGAGGAGCUGUACCAGCAGCACCAACAACAACAACAACAACAGCAUUCGGCGUCGAACAUCAUGGCGAUCGAGAUCCCAAAGAACUCGAUAGCCAUGGCUAGGGACGACGAGGAGGACGACGACGACGAGCUCAACGACUACGGGUUCAACAGGCGGCCCUCGGUGCGGGGCAUCAAGGCCCAAUUCGAGACGACGAACGAGAUUGUGCGCCAACUGAGAAGUCGCAGCGCCGCCGCCAAUUCACUGCCCGAGGCCUGCCGGCUGGCCUCGGCAGCCGCGACCACCACGACCACCGGACACGACGAGGCGAGCGGUGCGACGAACGAUCAGCUCGCCACGACCGGGGCCUCCGCGUCCUCGUCCUCCUCGUCCGAGCUCUACCGGGUGACGUACGCCAAUGAGAUCCUCACCGACCACAACACAAUCAACCGCAUCAACAACAUGCAACGGCAGAUCAACGACAUCUACCAGACGAUAGCCGAGAGCGGGGUCGCCGGUUCGCUGAUCGAGCAGCACCGGAUGCCCUACAUCGAGAGCACCAACGGCAGCAGUAGUACCCUGCCAAGGGCCAUGCUACCCCAGCAGGAGCAAGCGGCCUGUCAUCGUUUCCUCGAGCACAAGAACGGUCUGCUUAACCCGAACCGGAUGCUGAGGAUGACCGGCGACUCGCCGGCCGGCACGUCCACGCCGCCGGGGGUCUACAGCACCCUGCCCAAGAACCACCGGCAUCCGGCCCAGGUUUCGACCGCGUACUCCGCGGCUGCCGGCUACUCCUGUGGCAUGCUACCGGCGUCUAGUCCCGGGGUCAACCCGGUCGCCGCAGCCGCGGCCGCCGCGGCCAACGCCAAGUGCUACCGGACCAUGUACUUUGUGCCGUACAACGGGAUGUCGGAUCCCACUUACCAGAACAUACAGAGGAUACUGCCGCCGCACUCGUCGUCCCCGACCAACUACGCCGAGCACCUCGAGAGGUAUCCCUAUCCGAGAAACGGUAGGAUCGACCAGCCGCAACAGCCCCAGCAGAGAUACUACGUCAGGCCGGCCUCGAUACCGACGGGGAGCGGUCAGCUACACCUUCACCUCCACCAGGCGGAGGAGUUCCAGGUGUCGGCCUCGUCGUCCCAGAGCACGCUCGCCCGCCAGCACAGCAGCGGUAUUCAUCCGAUGCACGCCCAACUGCAGCAACAGGUACAACAGCAGCACCAUCCCCAGCAGCCGCAACAACAACAACAACAACAGUACACUGUGCAGACGAUAGCCGGGGUUACGUACUCAAUAUGUCCGCCGCCGCCGCCAUCGCAGACGAGCGCUACCUACACCUAUCAGAUGCAGAUACAAGGUCGACUCGCCUCGUCGGACGUGCAGACCCAAACGAGCUGCAGCCCAUCGUCGAUGAGCGUGAGCGGGGGCCUCUUGAGCAGCGCCAGUCUCCUGGCCAACUCGUCCCUACCAGGCAGCCUGAGCUCCGUGACCUCGUCCCUCCUCUCGUCGCCCACGAAGCAGCCAUCGUCGCAGCCGCCCUCGCAAACGGGCAGCCUCCAGAGGGGAUCCAGCUGCAGCGUCGCCGAGCGCGGGGUACCCGAGGGCGCGGCCUCGGCACCCUCCCACGAUUACCAACUGAUGGGCACUAGCAGCGCUGGUUUGACGGCUACGACCGCUACCACGAUGACGAUGACCACGAGCCAGAGCAGCGUCGGUGUCGUUGGUGGCGAACCGCCCUCGGCCACCCUCGUCGACGCUCAGAAUCCCGUAUACUACGCCAUGAAUGUCUGAGAGGAGUUUUACUCGUUGCACGCCGAGAGAGAACUCAUAAAGUGUGACCUCAUGUAGGAUACCUACACGAUUUUGGUAAACACUCAUUGCUUUCUUUCUUGUUUUCAGUCUACUCUUUAUUUUCGUGUGUGUAUGUUUAUUUGUACAAAUACAUGUACACACGUGUUGGUUAUUUCUUUGUUCUACUCACAUUGGCGUAUAUAUGAGUUGUAUCAACGAAUUGAAAUGAAGUACAUUGGAAAAUUGGGAAAUUAAAUAAAUGUCGUGGGAGAAAAUCGAUUCGACGCUGUACUUAUUCUCCGCGCAAUAACGAAAUUCAGAUUAAGCGGGUGAUAUAGAUUAUGUGUACGAUAUCACACUUUAUUGUCUGCCUCUCAUCGUGUAAUCGAGGGCAGGAGUGAACUUCCGUGUAUAAGAGGCUUAAUAACGUGAUUAAAUUUUCGCGAUGUACGAGAGGGUUUAUUACUGAAGGAUUUACUUCGGAGGGAUGAUAAAACAAAAAAUGUUCUUUUUCACAUAUACUUACUCACUAUUCGACGAAAAUCUUUAACUAACGUGUAGUGCGUUUUUUUCUUCUUGUACUUAGAGAUGAUUUAUUUUUGUUAAGAUUUUCUUGUACUUAUCGACGAAAUAACCAAAUAGCGGAAAUCAUCAAAAUUAAUCAAUUAGAAAAUGUUAGCGCAAGUGCUCUCGGCAAAUAUUAAUUUGCUUAUUGUUUAAUUUAUAUGCAUCAUACAAUUUUUGGAAUCGAAAUAUAUUUGUACGAUUUUAUUCAGAAACAUGAAUCGAUAAACGAAACAUAUUAUGCAAAAAUACAAAUAUUUUGUUUUCAAUUUUUUCGAAAGACAGGCGCUCAGCAAAAAAAAAAAAA